CACGGACGCUUUGAGGCGAUCUGUCGUGUUCUUAUUUCGCUGCAUUUAUUUCUGUGCGGGUUAAAUACUCAGAUAUGAAAUAUGGCGAGCCAACUUGAACGCUCUGCAGAUGUGGACGCUUUGGUCAAAAGACUGGAGAAGGAGUCGCUGGCUAAGUUUGUCACUUUUUCUGUGGACCGACAUUACAAUGACAAAGAUUGGCAGCCUUUACCUGUGAACCGAGUCCACUGGCAGUGGGCCGGUGGUUCUGGGAUGCCUUCUAUUGAGUUCACCGGAAUCCCUUUCAUGUUUGUGGGCUCUAAAAGGCUUGUCUGCCAUCAAGGCAAAGAUCUUGCUGUGGCCCAGAAGAGGAAAUAUUUUGAAGAAAAAGCUAGAAAGAUGCUAGAAGACCACAGCUUUGACUGCCAGAAAACCCGUCGCCCAUCUACAAAAAAGGUGGGAUGUCCAGCAGCCAUAUCAAUCAGCAAGAUUGCAACAUUCCCUAAGUUCAAGGUGGUGGACAGUGCAGAAAGGAGUAAGAAGGCAGCUUCAAAAAUGCUGAGAGUGGCCCUGGAGAGAGACCCGGUCAUUUGGGAAACACGCUAUGCUGUCCUACAUUCGAGUGAGCAUGCAGGACACGCAGAUGGGAGAAAUGAAGGAGAUGCGACCUCACGAUCUGACAUGAUCUCAUGCAAACGAGCAAGGAAGUCAGAUCUGAGAAGGAAAUGCGUCAAACUCACUAAACAACUCCUGGACAGCUUAAACUCUAUUGAGGACUAUCAUAGCCUUGAGGAGGUUUCACAAGUUUUAAGCACCCUGCUGAAAGACUUAGCUCAUCUGAACAGCAAGAUGGAGGGAAAGCCUCUUCAUUCUCAAGCCAAGAACUCUAGAGCUUUAUCUGAAGUUCCAGCCCUUCUGUCACAGGGGGACCCCAAGGGACCUGAAUCUGCACACAGUGAUUGUUUAGGAGCUCAGGCAGCCAGUGACCAGGAACUCACCAUUUGAACAUCACAAUUUAACAGUUCCAGUCUGACUGUGAUUUUUAAAGCUUUUUGUUUUGCUUUUGUUUAGAUUGUUUGGUGUUCCUGUUACUGGGAGUAAAUGACUCCAAUGUCAUUUACUUGGAAAUGUCUGUAGGAUGCCCUCAUAUGAGCAUCCUACAAAAUUCUCACAUUUUGUGAGAUUGGUUUACGUUUUUGUCUUACCACAGGUGUGUUUGCAGGGUAAGAUUUUGCAACUUUGUUACUUAGAAAUGUGAUUCUUUUGAAUAACAAACAUAUUGGUUUGUGCAAAGUGGCUAACUUGGUCCUUUUACAUUUCUGGAGAAAAUCUUAGAUUUUUUUUAUUGCCAUAUAGUUAAAGGAAAAGCACUGUGCAUUUUGAAAAUAUUAGUAAUUACUGAUAGACUAAACUGCUCCAUAGACAGGUGACUGAUUUAGCACUAUUAUUUUUUGCCAAAGGAUAAACUCUGAGCUCUUUAAAAUGCCACUGCUUUAAAAUGCUAAAAAUAAUAAUAAUAAAAUUGACAUUUAGUCUUUUUAAAAUAAUAUAUAAUGAACAAAGCAUAUGAUCAAACCAGCCCAGAAAUGGUUCACCAGACAUAAAAUUAGUCUUUGCAAUACUGCGGAAAUUGAUCUAAAGAUUAUCUCCCUUAAAACCUUGUGCAGCUUUAUACGACUGAGUGCUUUCCCUUGAAAACAACAAGGUGACCUUGCCAGAAAUAAUGGUGUGCCCUAUUUUUCACUUAAUGACUGCUGGAGAUGGACAUUAGCACUUUAUUUAUCCCUGCUCAAAGAAAAUUUGGAAUUUUGCCAGUAAAAUUUGUAGAAAGCUUUUUUUUGAAAAUCUUGAGCAAGGUUGUACAGUUUAACUAUAAAUAUGUUUGCUUUUAAAGAUUUAUUUUAAGAAUAUAAGCUUUAAUUCUUGCGUUUACUGUUUUUAAAAGGCAAGUUGUUCUUAUUACAGAAACUUUAUUUCAAAAUCUAUUUUAUUCAUCUGGAUAGUGUCAAUAAAUUAGUUUUUAUAUCAUUAUGAUUUUUUUUCUUCAUUCAUUUAAACUUGAUGCAUUGAUGAAAUGAUCCUUUAACAGAGCAGGUCAGAACCCACUUAUGCCUGUUUUCAGUCAGCUCGGCAGAGGUUUAAGAUCCUAAGUAAUAGCCCCAGUUGGAUUUCCAGCCAAACUUACAUAAUAUUGUUUAAAAAGCUGCUCAGUGUCUCAAAAACUUAAAGGAUUAGUGUUAGUGCCUGUUCAGACUGUGAUUAUGUUUUCUGAAGCUUAUCAGAACAAGAAGGGCUGUGAUUUAUCUUCUUAUUUUUUGCAGUUCAAAGCCCUACUCAUAAUCCCAGGCUAGGAGAAAAAAAAUGUGUGAAUCACCACUGCUUUGUUUAGCAAUUUAUGUUUUAAUAUAUUAGAUUUAAUAAGAUUUUAUCAUGUUUAGUACAGAGAAUUCAACACAGGGUUAAUUUCCAUGUGUGGUGUGAAAAUCAACCAUUUGCUCUGUAAGAAGAACAUAAAGCCAGACUGAGAUUUGCCACAAAGUAUGUGGAGGAAGACCAGGACUUCUGGAAUAAUGAUCCUUGGACAGAUGAGUUGAAGUGUCAAUUAUUUGGAGACUAAAGCAGAUAACAUGUUUGACAUUAAACAAAUAGAGAAUUUCAGAGGGAUUUAAAUUACACCUACUGUGAAGCAUGGAGAAUGAAGUGCUGUUUGGGGAUGUUGCUACAGCAGCAGACCUAACAAGCUAUAUAUCAUAUUUAGCAGGAAUUUUACUCUGAGGGUAAUAACAAAGGGCAAUAGAGAAAAAAAGCUUAAGCAUCUGUCUGUUAGGCUUUCUUAAUAAACUACUGAAUAUACAGGGGGUGUCUUCAUAUUGAUUAUGUACACCCCCUGUAUAUUCUUAUUCCACUAUGUGGCACCAAAGUAUUAUACAGACCUAUCAUUCAUCUGAGUAAAACUAUCACUAUUAUAGAAUGCUCAGAGAGAAUGUGAAUUGUAUUUUGGAAAAUGUUAAAUGAAACAAAAUAACUUGAUAUAAAUUAUAUAUGCUGAAAAUUUGUUUUUAAAUAAAGCAUUUUUACUUUUUUGGCAGACCGUAACACUCUGCAACAGAGCCAGAAAUCUUGUUUUCAGACCAUGUGACCUGACCUGCAGACAAACAAAAAUGAGUUUAGCUGCAAGUGCUGCCACUGCAAGCUCAGCACUUAUGGGAUUCCAAGAACUGAGGGUAUUCCAACUCAUGCUUCAAACAAAAUAGGUCAGAGCCCAGUUCUCCAUGUUUCCAGGUGAAUCAGCAAAGACCUUUAACAAAGCUGCCCCAGUUGGCUUUCAAUCUAGUCUAGCACAACAUUAAAAAAAAGGAAACAAGAAAAAACACUCAUCUGGUCACUAUAGACAUUGAGCAAAAUUAUUCAUUCCACCUAGAACCUUUUCACAUUUUUUACAUGACAGUCAUGAGCUUCAAUUUGUUUUAGUGGUUUUUCACUCACUAAACCAGGAGUUUUUUUUUAGUACAUAUUAACCAAAAAAAAAUGUAAUGUGUUAUUGCAGAUUUAACCUUAUUACUCCAUUAUCCAUUCAUCCAUUAAAAUGAGGAGUAUUCCACAUCUGAAGAUCAAGUGAGCCAUCUAAUCCGACACCCCAGAACAGAGAACUCUGAUCAGUCAAAAGACCAAUGGGAUUUCUGGAGAUGCAUCAGAGAUCCACAGCUCUAUUCGGUGUCCACGUCAUGGACACAUUUACACAUACAUGGUCAAGUAUCAGGUAUCGGCCAAAAUAUAAUAAUUAAAACAAAUCUUUUAAGGGAGUGAUGAAGUGUAGGAUUAGGUAGUGAGAUGCUGCUAUGCCGUAUUUUGCUCAACAAACUAAAAUUUAAAUUACUAAUCUGGUAAUGAUAUAAACUGAAAAAGCAGCUAUUAAAUGCUGCUAAUAUUAAAUCCACAAGUAAAUGCAGCUGUUUUAAUUAUAGUAGGAUGACAUCAGACUCCUUAGUGGGUUCAUCAAUAAGUAAAACGUUACUUUUUCAAAGACAAAGAAUAAGUUUUAGAAUCCAAAUGUUUAUGAAGGUUCGCCAUGAAAAAAACUGCAUGAGGAUGAAGUUAAACUACUUCCUUUAAAAAAAAAUAUUAAGUGCAGAAAAAGAAGUUUACGUGAGACAGCAACACAUGUGGAUUGAGGAUCUGACAGCUUAGAAAAUGUCAUGUGCUCAUCUUCCAGGACACUAGGUGGCGAUAGAGUCUCAGGUUACAACACAAGUAAAGACGAUUCUUCUUGGCACCCACAGUAGAAGAUAAUCAUUUACACUUGAUGAAAGGUGUUUAAUGUGUUGAACUGCAGGUGAAAAGUCACGGAAGCGACAAGAACCAAAGAAAGUACUUCUACAAGGGGAGUGCCAGCCAAUCGCUAAAGAAGAAGAAAGGGAGUAUUUACGUAGAGUUAACUGUGUCGUCAGCUGACAGUUGCUAAAGUCCACCUUUAUCCUGAAGCUCUAAAAUACUGCUGAGCUUAUCUUACUCCCGAAAAAGUAUUUCAUUGAAUCUAAGUGGAUCUGAGGUUUCAACAAUGGAGAAUGAAGGAGAAGUGAAAGCUGAUGAGGAAAAAGCUGAGUCAUUUCC